UUGAAACCGAUGAAGUAAAUGCUACUGAUAUGAUAGAUUCAGUAUAUAUAGAUUUGUUAUGUAUAGAUUUAGCAUAUGUAGGUUUAACAUACAUAGAUUCAGUAGAUGUGGAUUUAGUAAAAGAUAAUAUAGCAGGUGCUAUAGAUGUAGCAGAUACUAAAGAUAUAGUAAGUGCUAAAG